ACAAAACAAAACAACUAGGAGCCGGGGCGCAGCUUGCGUUUUGAACCCUGCCAGCGCGUCCACACCGUGGUGCUGGCCGCUCCUGCUCGGUUGGCGAGGCGAUGCAGCUAAUUGCUGAUUGGAUUCCGGGAGAAACAUUCUCUGUCUAUAGUGAUUUGCUCAGUUGACAGUUGUUGCUGAUCUUUGUUACUUUGUAUGCAUUCUGGGGAAGAGGGCCAUCUUUGUUACUUUGUAUGCAUUCUGGGGAAGAGGGCAUUGGGUGAGUCCGAUUUCAAGUCAAGGUGGGCAGAGUCUGGGGAAAUAGUGCAGGACCCUUAACCCCAGUGAUUUGUACAUUUGAUUUCUAGGAAGUUUUGCAAAGUGUAUAAGGAAGGAUGGCAGUGCCCCCUCAUAUACCCCAUACAUCUGCUUGGAGGAUCCAUGUAAACCAGGGAAGUAUGCUUCCCUUUGAGGGUUUGCUAUAUAAAAAACCAAGACUUGGAGGGUCAUGUGCAGUAAUACCAGCUAAUCUGACAUCUCUGAGAAUGAGGGGUCCCAUGUAGGAACUGUCUAUGAAACUGAAGUUUAAACCUGGAAAUACUAAAAGCUAAUGCUAAAAUAUUUUGCAUAUGCCCUUGCCCUCUGUGUGAGGCUAAAUACCGGUCCUCCAAUGAUUUCCCCAUCCUAAUCCCCAGAACCUGUGACUGUUGCCUCAUGUAGUAAAAGAGAUUUUGCAGAUGGGAUCAAGCAUCUUGAUGUUGGGGAACUAUCCUAGUUUAUCUGGUGGGCCCGAUAUAAUCACACCCGUCCUUAGAGGAGUAGACAGGCAGAGGAGAAGGCCAUGUGGUGAUGAUGGAAGCAGAGUUAGAAGAUGCUGCACGGCUGGUCUUGAAGAUGGAGGAAGGGGCUGUGAGCCAAAGGUUGCAGGCGCUUCUAGAAGCUGGAAAGGGCAAGGGAGUGGAUUCUCCUCUGGAACCUCCAGAAGGAACCAGCCCUGCCGACACCUUGAACUUAGCCCCCUAAGACUCAUUUCGGACUUCUGACCGCCAGGAUUGUAAGAGAAAAAAGUGUCAAGCUAGGGAUGCGGUCCAUCCCCAUCGCCACCGCCUGUGCCAUAUACCAUAAGUUCUUCUGCGAGAUCGACCUGGACGCCUAUGACCCCUACUUGGUGGCCAUGUCUUCCCUUUACUUGGCCGGCAAAGUGGAGGAACAGCACCUGCGCACUCGUGACAUCAUCAACGUUUCCAACAGGUACUUCCACCCGGACAGCGAGCCCUUGGAGCUGGACUCUCGCUUUUGGGAGCUCCGGGACAGCAUCGUGCAGUGUGAGCUGCUUGUACUGCGGGUUCUGCGUUUCCAGGUCUCCUUCCAGCACCCUCACAAGUACCUGCUCCACUACCUGGUGUCCCUCAAGAACUGGCUGAACCGUUACAGCUGGCAGCGGAGCCCCGUCUCCAUCACCGCCUGGGCCCUGCUGCGGGACAGCUACCACGGGGGGCUGUGCCUCCGGUUCCAGGCUCAGCACAUAGCCGUGGCAGUGCUGCACCUGGCCCUGCGGGCCUAUGGGGUCGAGGUGCCCGCUGAGGCCGAGGCCGAGAAGCCAUGGUGGCAGGUGUUUAGUGAAGACCUUACCAAGCCAAUCAUUGAUAACAUUGUGUCUGAUCUCAUUCAGAUUUAUACCAUGGACACAGAGCUCCCCUAAGGCCCUGGUGCAGGCCUGCCCAAAGAGAAGUCCGCGAUGCUCGGCGGCCCGGGGAUGGCGCCGCCACAGGGCCGCGAACGCCGGCCCCCAGAGGACCAGCUGGAAGGGCUGGCGAAGGCGAUGACUGUCCCCGGCAGCCGUGGUCUGGACAGUGACAGGAGCCACGCCUCCAGCGGGCGGGCUGGGAGUGCACCGCGAGGGGCGGCCGAGGCCGGGCGCCGCGUCUGCUUUUGUCCUUUGAGAGGACCUGACUGCCGUCGAGGGUGAUGUCCUUGGAAGGAAAAAUCAAAGAAAGGAUGGGACUGAGCCCCUGGGGGUUUUUUAAAAGCCUGAUUUAUAGAAUGAAUGAAUGUGCAACAUAGAUGGAGCUUUAUUUUGUGUAAUAAAAGAUACAAAUGAA